AGUUCAGUACUAAAUACUAAUGGAUGGAAGAUGAAGCUCACAUAUUUGGUUCAAAUCACAAGACGACUGUAAAAGACUUGUAUCCUUUGAAUAAACCCCAACACCCUCCCCGCCCUCCCCCCCCUCCCCCCAAUACUCUCCCUAAUCUUUCCCUGAAAUUUAAAAGUUGACAAAUUGGUGGCUACUUUAAAAAAUGUUGGAUGGUUACGACAACCUAGCCAAGCUCGACGACACUAUGGUCUUCAAGGUAGGGGGCAGCCCAUUGAUCACGGAGCUGACUGACCUGAACCUGGAGACGAAGUUAGACACUGCAGUCUGCACUGUUGGAGCCUCUUGUGAACUAAGGAUAGCUCUGCCAGAGCCUGACUCACCAUACGGAGUCUACAAGAUUAUCUUGUACGGACCAACUGAGACGAGUGAUGUCGCGGGCUGGGAGGCCGAGAUAAAGCUGCUCGAAGAAGCCCCCGGCAGCAGGAACUCUGAUGGGCAACCCUGCUCCGCUGACACAACAACUAGUAGCGGCACAGACUCCUUCACUUUUACUUGUGAUCUGAGAACGGCAGCCACUUCAGUCGUUCUUACUACGACCUCCUACAAGGAUCUGGCGGAAGUUAUAGUGGCUGGCCAUUUGUGGACUGAGUUUCCGUGUCCGCCUGGCGAGUACAGUGUCUCCGGAACGUACACCUUGGACACUAGCACCACCUGCAAACCUUGUGAAACAGGUACCUACCAGGACCUCCUCGGACAGAAGUUCUGCCGUCCCUCCCGGUUUGAAAAGAUGACACUAACAGACGGUGUGAUAUCUACCUAUCGAGACAGUAUAACAGCUCCCUUCACCUGGGGAACUGGAGUUGAAGUGCAUGACGUGGUGAUCAAGAACAUCAACUUUGACGAGUACUCCUCAAAAGCAAGUGGUUCUGAUACUGAUGAGACGGCGGAAAAAGGAGCAUGUGCAGCUACACUCUCCGGGUACGAGGAUAGUACGUGCGUGUUAAAAGUGAAGGGCGCUACAGUAACCCUUAUAGGUGACUCUGACUCGGUCAGCCCUGCUCUUACGGACCAGGACAAUACGGGAACUAGUGUCAGGAGUCAGACUUAUGUUUUCAAACCGUCCAGUCCGGUUGAAAAUGUGAAAAGAAUAGAAUUCUCCAAGUCCUUUCUUCUGGCGGAACUGGACGUGUACGUAGCACCAACCAGUGACUAUUACCUCCGCUACAACGACGGAACAGGGGCUACAGAAGCCCUGCUCUGUAGUGAGGAAUUAGGACCAAAUACGAAGGUGGGAUUAAGUGAGAAGAUUUCUGCAAAAACAGAUUUGACAUCCUGUGUUCUGUGCCCAGCGGGUGCUGAAAAGACGAUUGAUGUAGAUAAAGAGUUCUUUGAUAGCAAGAUUAAAAUGUCCGUGUUUACCUGCGAGCCGUGUGUGGCUGGACAGUACAGAGAGGAUGGUUACGAUGGGAAGUGUAAGGACUGUACAUCUGGUCACGUGACAGAGUCAGAUGGACUCGCUAUCUGUACCAUCUGUCCCAAGGGAACCUACGAGGUUGGUCUAAAAGAGUGCACAUUAUGUGCAGAUGGAAAGGUUACGAAGCAGGAAGGACUGACCGUGUGCACUGUUUGUGUCGAAGAAGGUCUCCUGUCCUACGCUAACUCCGACCAGAGUGAUUGUGAAACGUGUGAAGUCGGAAAAGUGCCUAAUACUGACAGGACUGAUUGCGAGGAUUGUGAAGCUGGGAGGUACCGAGACAGCUCUCUGAACGCUUGUGCAGAUUGUCCGGCUCCUAAGAUAGCUGCUACCACCGGUCUAGCAGCUUGCAAUGAGUGUGUAGAGGGUACAGCACCCAACGCAGCUAGAACAGUGUGCGUAGCGUGCCCUGCUGGAAAGUACAGAGGAGCAGGUGAUACCACGUGCAAGCCCUGCGCAGGAGUGCAAUUCUCUGAAAACGCCGGAAGUGCAGCAUGUGAAGACUGUCCAGUGGGUGAAGUCCCCAACACUGAUAAAGACGGUUGUGAUGAGUGUGCAGUGGGGAUGUAUAGAGGGUCCGGGGAUGCGGGGUGUGUAGUGUGUGCAGGAGGGUACCACACUGACGGCGAAACAGGGCAGAGUGAGUGCAUCAUGUGUUCUAAGGGACAAAAGACAGAAACAAUCCCUUCCCAGACGGGUAUACAGUGUGUAGACUGUCUGCCCGGGUCUUACAGCGCCGCGGACGGGACCGCCACGUGCUCAAUAUGUGCUAGUCCCAAGGUAACCUUGACAGAGAAGCAGCAUGAGUGUGUGCUCUGUGAGCUAGGGACGGUGUACGUGGACUCCAAAACCUGCAAGACUUGUCCGGUAGGAGAGUAUAAUGAGGAUCAAGAUAAAGAUGACGGAGUCUGUAAGGCGUGUGAGAGUCCGUUAGUCACGUUAACGGAGAAGCAGAGCGAGUGUGUGCUGUGCGAGAAGGGGAACGGGUGGGAGACACCCAGCACGUGCAGAAUCUGUGUAGCUGGGGAGUACAGUGACGAGGGGCUCUGUAAAUCCUGCCCUCACAACCACGUCUCUACUACAGAUGGUUUGACAGAGUGUACGCUGUGUCCGAAUGGGGAUCACUCUGAUGAGAAAGCUACAAUUUGUUUACCGUGUGAAGAAGAGGGGACGAUGAAGGAGGCGGGGGUCAACGAGCUACAAUGGCAGAAGUGUGUCGCUGAUGAAGGAGUAGCGUGCACGAAACAGGAUGUGGACAGUGUGUACGGAUUGUUCCAGGACGUUAGCUUUAUGAGAGCAGGGAAGAGCGAGGAGAAGGAUUGUCUCUACGACGAAGCUGAUCCUACGACGAACCUGAAACCUAAAGCUAAGUUCUCCUGUGAGCUGAUAUCUGAGACGGAUGCUGCUAUAAAACCCACCUACAACUGCAUCAAGACACCUAAUACUGCCAAGAUUGAGGCACUUACUGAGGAAAUAACAGCUGAAAAUACAGACGACGCCUCCAGUCAACUGAACGAUUUUGCCAGCGAGGGAGCCGCUGGGAUCGGGGACAUUGCAGCUGCUGCGGACGUUCUGGAGAAGAUAGCACAAUCUGCUACUGAGGUGAGUGAGGCAGCAACAGAAAACAUAGUGUCAGCAGUAAGUUCCAUGGCAGCUGGAGAUCUGGUUACCGACGACAUUGCUCAAAAACAAGAAAUAUCCAAAAAGAUGGUUGCUAACAUAAAAGAGAUUGCUAAGCGGACAGCAGUAUCUAACAAGCUGAUAAAGUCAGUUAACGUAGCGAUAAUGAAAGUGCAGAACGAGGACGGAGCUAAAGAUAUUUCCUUCUUCCUACCGGACGCUAAGGAUCUGACUCAGUUGGGACAACCUGGUGGUGGGGGCGAGGAGGGGGGUAAACCAAGACAGCCCUCUAUUGCGAUCGGUUCCGCGACGGGGAUAAAAGAAAUGUCAGUGGUUCUAAUCUCCGGGGACGCUUUCUUCCCCACUAAAAGUACCGGCCCACUACCAGCCGGGAACUCUACCAGUGAAGUGAGGGACACCCUGUGGAGCGAUCUUAAAGACGAGUUCGACCCUGCAGAGGGGGCUGAAGCUGCAGAGAGCUUGAAGUUUGUAAACUCUGUGGUUCUUGAGAUAGACGUAGGAGAGCAGGAGGCCGGCUUCGUGCUCAACCUCUACAUCAAGCCCAACUUUCAGAUUGGAGACACAGCUAACAAUAUGAAGAAGAUGGGGAAUAGGAGAGUUCAAAUAAAGUACAUAUGUGCUUGGUACGACAACAAGGCUGAAACGGCGGAGUGGAAGACAGAUGGAUGUGAGACUAUAUACGAUAGCAGUGCUGUGGAGGCCGGCGUAGUGUGCUCCUGUUCUCAUAACACUAGCUUUGCUGUACUCAUGGCUGCAGAAGAGAUAGACCCAGGAUAUUUAGAGGUUCAGUCUCUGAUGUCACAGAUUCUCCUAGGAGGGUCCGUCCUGGGCCUCAUAGCAACUAUUGGUCUCAUUUUACCAGCUUCAGCGAUAGUGACUACCCGCUCAGCUAAAGUUAACAUCUGCUUCUCUAUAGCUCUGUUAUUAGCCUCUCUUCUCUUCCUCCUUCAGGACAUCUUCAUCAAGGCAGAUAACACUGGUCUCAUACAACUGAAGAGUAUAGGUUGCGCAGUGUACACGAUGCUACAACACUACAUGUGGCUAGUCGUCUUUAUGUGGACUAUGAUUGAAGGAUUCCUCAUGUACCUCUCUCUGGUACAGGUAUUCGGAUCUCACAUCUCUAACUACAUGCUCAAAUUCAACCUCGUUGCUUACGGAGUACCAAUAGUGUUUCCAUUAGCCGGCUACUUCGCUUUCACCAAGAAGAUCACAGUGGGAGGGGUGGAGGUAGUUGAUCACCAGUACAUGGCUGAGACCAUGUGUUUCCUUAAGCCAGGAACAAUAAACUUCUAUGCGCUCUUCUUCGGCCCUCUCAUCCUUGCAAUAAUAGUGAACCUCGUCUUCUUCGGGCUCGUCCUCAAAGUCAUCAGAAACUCAAAGAACGCCAAUCUCAGUGAUAAAGAACAAUUAAUGAGACAGAUGAAAGCAGCAGUGGGAGUGAUGGUGCUGCUGGGUACAGGGUGGGUGUUAGGAGUUUUCAUGAACAUUCCCGCUCCCGGUCUCCAGAUAACACUCCAGUAUCUCUUCAUCGUAUUCAACGCUUCUCAGGGAAUAUUCGUAUUCGUAUUCUACGUGCUUCUAAACGACGGAGUAAAGAGCUUCUGGCUAGAGAAGUUAGGAAUGAACACAGCAGCUGCUCCCAAAUCAGGCGGUGGAGCGAGUACUGCUACUAAUGUGUACGCGAACGCUUCCACCAGCAAACAGGAAGCUGACCACACGUACUCUAACGCAGCAGAGUUCCCCGCUAAAAAGGACGAUAACGCUAAUCUUUAGACUGAAUACUUUUAGUUGAUUUAUAUUAAAUUAAACAGACUCUAAUAAAACAAUAGGACAAUAGCUUUGCUAUUCUGAUCGAAUAGUCCGCAAGGAAAUGUUUUUAAAUCAGUUAUUUUUAUUAAGUUAUUGAAGAAAGCAAAUUAUUAACUUAAUUAAGUUAUUGAAGAAAGCAAAUUAUUAACUUAGCUUUCGCUGAUCAAAUCGAAAGAGUUAAUAUUUUAAAAGUUAACCAUUUUUAUAGUAUCGAACCUUCAUAAAGGUUAAUACGAUUUUAUUUUUAAUUCAUGUGUUUUUAGUGUUUAGUUAUAAUUUAAUCUUUAUGCUCGUCAUUGAUAAUUUGACGACUAUUUUCAAUUAUAUUUCAUGACGCAUUAUGACAAUAAUAUAUUUGAAUGAUAUGAUAUAUUUGAAUAUUCUGGGUUUAA